AUGCCAAAUACAGAAAAACUUUUCAUAUGGAAGGCCUGCAACAACAUCCUACCAACUACGCAAAACUUGUUCAGAAAGAGAAUAGUAGAAGAGCCUAAUUGUCCAAUUUGCUUGCAUCAUGUUGAAAGCAUUGAAAAUGCCAUUUGGAAAUGCGAAUCUAUGAGAGAUGUGUGGGGUUUGUGUUCUAUGAAACUACAAAAGAGGAGCCUUCAAAACCAAUCCUUCAGAGAACUAGUGAUCAACCUGAUGAAGGAAGUGAAUGAUGAAGUACUUAUCGAGAUGGCAGUGGUGGCAUGGAGACUGUGGAAAAGAAUGAAUGAGUUGGUAUUUCAAAAAGAAUUCACCAACCCUUUGAUCAUUCUAAAGCAAACAAGGCAAAAGCUACAGGAUCUGCGACUACUCCAAAGCAACACUUCAAUCUCAACAGCAAGGCAAGUUGGUUGUGUAGAACCAAUGAACCAAUGGAAAGCCCCUCCAAAUGGUCACUACAAAAUAAACUGGGAUGCAAUUAUUGAUCAAAAGAAAUGCAGGAUGGGCAUUGGAACAAUUAUCCAUAAUUGGGAGGGACAAGUCAUGUGUACAAUGAGGCUAAAUAAACCUCUAUUCCUGGACCCCAACCUAGCAGAAGCUUAUGCAGCCCCCCAUGUUGUGCUACUACGGCAAGAGAUUGGCUAG